UUUCCUUCGUCGAAAAUUCGUAAUGUUCAAAGUUGGCCGACAUGCAUCUUUCUAAAACGUGUUUCAUGCCUUAUGGAUUUCUGAGGUUGGUCGUGCGGUUCAUCGGAACGCCUAUUUGAUUUACAUUGCCUUAAAUUCGAGCUGCAAUCAUGUCUUCAGGCAAGAAAGGAAAGAAGAAGAAGAAGGUUAAAACUCUCGAUUUAAUGUCAUAUCUCGCUACUACUGAUGGUGCAACACCCGCUGUGCCAAUAAAACCAUUGAGUAGUAGUUGGAACGAUGAAAUGGAAAAUGAUCACGAAGGAUUUACAUCAAGAAGCAGCAAAGAACCAAUUGUUCUACCUACCGCUCCAAGAGCUGCACGAGACCCUCGUGGGACCGAUGAUGAUGUCCCUACUAAUCCACCUUAUGUAGCUUAUCUUUCUAAUCUUCCUUAUGAAGUGGACGAAGCAUAUCUGGGAGAGUUUUUUGCAGACAUGAAGAUUUCUAACAUACGUUUACCGAAAGAUUCUAACAAACUCAAGGGAUUUGGAUAUGUUGAAUUUGAAGAUCGUCAAAGUUUAAUUGAUGCUCUUAAUCUAUCUAACACGCCUAUGAAAGCAAGAAGAGUACGAAUCGAUGUUUCAAAUAGCGUUAACGAUGAUCGUCGUGGUGGACGUAUGGGCAGAGAUAGUCGUAGAGAUACUUACGAUGAUCCUGAGCGUACAUCUGGAGAUUGGAGAAGCGGUCCACGGGACGAAACUUUGCCUUCAGAUGGGGACUCGUACCGAAGCCGAUAUGAUAAUAGGGAUAGAGACAGAAGAGAUGAUCGUGAAUCUUCCGAACUCGAUAACAAGCCUGGUGCAUGGCGCGAUAGCACUGACAGAGGAAAGCCAACAUUCAGAGACAGAGGCGGUUUCAGGGAUGACAGAGAUGACAGAGAAAGAGACUGGGGUGGUCGCUACGAUAGGGGUAGUCGAGAAAGAGACGGAGACAAAGGAAGCAGUUUCGGGCCGCGUCGUAAUUAUGGAGAUUCUGAUUGGAGUCGGGACGGUCCGCGCAGACAAGAAAAACCCAGCGUAGAUAGUAAAUUCGAAUCGAAGACUAGACCGAAACUGCAGCUACAACCUCGUACAAAACCAAUUGAGGCUGUUGGAAAAGACGAACAAUCUGCAACUCAAGGUGCUCCUGCUGCUCCUACCGCUCCUUCUUCUGCACCUGCUCCUGCGCCAUCAGCAAAUAUAUUUGGUGCUGCGAGACCCGUGGAUACCACUGCCAGGGAAAGAGAAAUAGAAGAACGUCUUGCAAAAUCAUACGCGGAAUCAAAGUCCAGAGAAGACGGGGAUCCAGAAAAACGUGGUAAGGAGGGUGCAUGGGGUAAACGCAAUGGAGAAGGUCGCGAUGAGAAAGACACAGAUCGAGGUCGAUCAACAUGGCGGUCGGAUGACGACAGAGGUCGACGAAAUGAAAUAUCGGCAUCGCGAAGAGAGCCCGCUCAAUCUGAUCAAUACGGAGACUCUCGGGGUCAAGCCUCUUCGCGUUCUGGACUCCCACCUUUGAGGGCUCCUCCAAGAUCUAACGAUAGUCGUGGUCCAGAUAGAGACCGAAAAGAUAGAGAAAAGGAUGAUAUUAGCAGGAUGCCAAAGGCAAAGGACGAACAAGCUCCAAAUUUCGUAGCUUCCAAUAAGUAUUCCAUGCUACAUGAUGAUGUGGACCCUGACAAUAUUGAUGAUUAGUUCCGACCGACUAUACAUCAUCAAUUAAAUUGUGCCACAGCAUCGUAAUUGGUCUAUAUAUGCAUAUUAUUAAUUUGUUUUAUCUCUACUAAAUACUUAUCGAAUUAAUUCAUGAAUCAAGCACUAAGCUCUUGGUAUUACUUUACAGGAAUUAUUGUUGAUUUGUAUUUAAUCUAUUUUAUUAUUCUUAAUAUAAUUACCUAUCUACAUAUGUAUUUACUUUAUAUUUCGGUAUGAAUGUUCAAUAUAAUUAAAUCAAUUUGAAAAUUUGGAUAAUUUUAGAACGAAAAAUUACAAUAAUUUUUGUAUUAUUUAAUUCUGAGGAUAAUUGCAACCAUAAGGCUUAUGAAUUGGGACUUUAUACGUCAUACUUUAUCCAUUGUACAAUUAUUGUACGAUAUGUAACUCAUUAUUUACAUGUAAUAUAACAAUAACAAUUUAGGAGGAAACAAAAUAAUAAGUGUAUGGGAAUUUA